GUAACGAUUUAACAGUGACGUUUAGCGGUUUAUCUUUAGAAAUUAUUGAUGAAACAUAUAAUUCAUAAGAAAAAUAAGGUAAAAGAGAAACUUGGGUUCCUAUGGCAGAGUACCCUCCCAGAGGUUGCGGUCCUUGUCCUUAUAAAGCUGGAUUUCAAAAGGGAAAGGAUUCCGGUGAUUAUUUAGAAGCAAAUACAGUCCCCAAGCCAGAAGUAUUGUAUCAAAGUCAUACAAAGUUAAACGAUCAAAAACUUGGUGUUCCAACUGCUGAUGUUGCUCCAGAUUUGAAAAAACCACCCACAGAAGGUACAGGAAACGAACCACAAAGAGAUCAAAGAGAACUUAAAGAGUGUAAAAAUUGUGCUCUUGGUGAACCUUCAAGUGCACCUAAAGCACCAGAACCGCAAGCGGAAGGGGCAAAGCAGCCCUUAAAGGGAAUUCUCAAAAAGGAAACCCCUCAAAAACCAGAAAUGUCUGCAUCAGAGGGAAAAGGAGAAUCUUCUCCACCAUCUGAAAGUCAACAACAACCAGAAAAUAGCACUGAGCCAUGCUAUUUUCCUCAACCACAGGACAAAGUUCCGGAUCAGAGUGUUAAAGAGGAAAUGGGUCCAGUUGGACCAUGGGCCACAGGACGUGUUGACUGGGGUCCUAUGGCAGGAUUUACUGGAACAAGACCGGUUGUCGAUCGAUAUUCAAUUACUAGAUACAGCGAGGGAGAAUGGCGUGCUCAUAAUCAAGAUAUGUUGAACAUGUCAGCUUUGGAGCAACAUAAAGCUAAUCUAAUUGAUUUCGAUGGGCGUAAAUGUCUGGAAGAAAAGAAAGCAAACGUGGAUAAAAAUCAGGAAGACAGUACAAACCGUCUGAGACAGAGACUGCAGGAGAUGCAAAGAUGGAAAUGCGAAUUAGAAAGCUCGAUAGCGGCAGCUGCCGAGGAAAUCAGCCUGUUGGACGAAGAAAGGGCACGCUUGAAAAAAGCAAAGGCCAUACUACAAAUGCCAAUAUCUAUAGCAUCGGAAUGUUUGGAUAUCAGGACAACUCGCCUGGACUCAGAAUUGGUUCGCGAUGAAGUUGAAGUGGAACUAAUGAAAGAACUCGCGUUAACUGUUGAAAUCGAGGAAACGUUUACCCGGACAUUGAAAGAUAUCGAACACCAACUGCUCGAAGAUAAAACCGCGAAAAAUCGUUUAGAAUGUGACUGGACAGAUAAAAAAGAAGCGAACGAACUAGAAGCAAUCAACAUUGCUCUUAACAAUAAGUCAAACAUUUUAAUGUUCAAAGCCGGAUCAACACGAUUUCCUGAAGAGCAGUCGUCUCGGGAAAGCUGGGAAAAAUUUACCAAGGAAACUCUGGUUGAAGCUGAAGCUACGAGACAACGCUCUAUAACUCUCCGUGGUACUCUUGAUGCGAUUUUAAUCAAUGCCGCAAGAGAUUUGAGAGCGCAGGCGGACAAAGUGGAGAUGUGUCUUUCAAAAAGAAUCGACUGCAUUGACAAUUUACGUGUUCAACUCGAAGACGAACUUAAAAAGAUUUUACAAAAAUUAGCCAAUGUGGAAGGUUUAGUAAAUGAUCUUCGGGCAUUAGUACGACGAAUGGAUGUUCCAAUGAAGAAAGCCCAGACCCGUCUUGAUAACAGGAAUCAUCGCCCAAGGGUAGAAAAUUGUAGGGAUGAAGCACAAUUUGGAUUGGUAGCUGAAGUAAAAUCAAUUGGUGAGAACGUUAGCGCUAUAUUAGGACAACUUAGAACAGCAGAGGAGUCGCAAGCUAGUUUAAUAAAAGCAAGAAGCGAUUUAGAACGAGAAAUUAUGUUGAAAAGGAAAACUUUAGAAAUUGACAGAACACGAAUUCAAACUAUUCGAUCAUUCUAUCCUUCCGCAACUGCUUUAAUGGGGAAUUAAUUUUUACUGGUUAUUUUUGGAUUUCUUUUUUCUUGUUUAUUUGUAUAUUUUUCUACUACUGUAACUAUAUUUUCUAUGAAUACACAUUCGCACUUUUUUAUAUUACAUACUAAUUAAUAAAACA